AUGAACGCGCUUUUUGGGCUGUUAUAUUUGGCCGGUGUUUUACGUAGUAAUCAUCUCAACCUUGAUGAUUUAUGGUCAAACGAUGGCUUAUCACCCGAGUAUUUUCGAGCAGUUAUGCCAAAAGCACGAUUUUAUAUUCUUCUAAGAGCAAUGAGGUUUGACGAUAUAAGUACACGAGCCCAAAGAAAACAAUUUGAUAAACUUGCGGCCAUUCGUUCAGUAUUUGAAGACUUUGUUCUACGCUGCGAGAACUGUUAUACAGUGGGGGAAAAUGUAACUAUAGAUGAAAUGCUCGAAGGUUUUCGAGGCCGUUGUAGUUUCCGACAGUACAUCCCAAGUAAGCCUAACAAAUAUGGUAUAAAAAUUCAGGCCUUAGUCGACUCUCGCACCUUUUAUACGUCGAAAAUGGAAGUGUACGUUGGGACUCAGCCCGAUGGGCCUUAUAAAUGUGAAAAUAACCCUGCAAGUGUCGUGAAAAGAUUAAUUGCCCCAAUAUCGAAAACAGGUCGUAAUAUCACCAUGGAUAACUGGUAUAACUCUAUACCUCUAGCAAUUGAUCUACUAAAAAAUCACAAUACAACUGUAGUUGGUACACUUCGUAAAAACAAACGUGAAAUUCCUCUUUGUUUUUUAGAAACUAAAAAAAGGCAAUUGAACUCUACGAUGUUUGGUUAUGACAAAGAUAUAUUGCUUACAUUAUAUGUACCAAAAAAAAAUAAAAAUGUAUUGCUUAUUUCCACUAUGCACGAACAAGGUGUCAUUGAUCCAGAGUCUGAAGAAAGAAAACCAGAGGUGAUUACGUAUUACAACAGUACAAAAGGUGGCGUGGAUUGCGUGGAUGAAAUGAAGGGUGAAUACUCUGUGGCUAGAAUAAGUUGCAGGUGGCCACUGACCAUUUUUUUCUCUUUGAUGAACAUAGGAGGCAUAAAUAGCCAAAUUAUUUUUCGAGAAAAUACAGGAAUUUAUCUAAGUCGUCGAGAAUUUCUAAAAACCUUAGGAAAAGAACUUACAAAACCGUUUAUGUUAGAACGAUUGCAGAUGCCUACUUUGCGUACAAGUAUUCGACAAAGAAUAAUAAAAUUAACUGGUUACACCAAGACAGAAAAUGAAGUCCCUGAACGUUCAAAUAUUGAACAUCGUCCGAAGUGCGUAUUUUGUCCAAAAAGAAAAAAUCGAAAGACCAUGACUAAAUGCGUAAAAUGCAGCGUGCCAAUAUGUAAGGAGCAUACGAUGAGCACAUGCGUAUCCUGCUGUAACGAUCACAACGAAACAAAUACUACAGAAAGUGAAUAG